AUGUUAUCGCGCUACAAAGGGGCCCUAAUCAUACAACAUCCACCUUCUCUUAUCAAGUGUAAAAUCUCAUUGGCCAUCUCUUGUACUGGUACUGGUACUGGCUCAAUCACCUCCCCAAGUCACUACCUAUCUCAUACAUCCAUCGCCAUGUAUCCGGAUCGAGAUCAGAGAUCUCGGAGUGCAUCCAGCCUGAAAGGCCGCCUGAGAUGGACGUUGGCUGGGAGCGGCGACUCCCGGAACAUGACGUUUCGGGGGUGGCGCGGUUGUCAUCUUGCAGUGAGGGAGGACCCUGCUUAUGCUUGCCAUUUGCAUAUCGUAGAUCGCUCGGGGCGGGCCUGGCGUGCCUGCGAUAAGGCUAUCAGCUCGCGUGUCCCCCGCUAUGAAAUCAUAGCCCACACGAGCCGGCACCGCCUCCCACCGCCGGCUCCGAUAUUACCCUUCGUAUCCUCGUCGUCCUCUGCAUCGGGGUCCCGAGGAUGGCACCGAGGACAGGGAUUAACAUCUGCUUGGAUUUUUAGCGAACCAGAGGCAAAUCGUCUCAGGAAGUAG